AAUGCUUUUUGCUCAACUCGUCAUUCUCGUCAUCAUUGUGAUGCUUUUCCUGUGUCGUUUUGCAAACAAACUCCGUGGAUUACCACCUGGACCAACUCCAUGGCCAUUUAUCGGAAACACAUUUCAAGUGCCUGAAGAUAGAAUUGAUUUGAUAAUCAAUGAAUUCAAGAAGAAGUAUGGUGGCAUUUUCACGCUUUGGCUCCCAUUUCCAACAAUUGUCAUUUGUGAUUAUGAUAUGCUAAAACGGAACAUUGUAAAGAAUGGAGAAUCAUUCUCUGGACGUCCAGACACAUUUAUAAUGGAUAUGCUUGUACAAGGAAACUAUGGUCUUUUCUUCAUGGAAAACAAUUGGUGGAAGGCUCAACGACGAUUCACAACCCAUAUAUUCCGAUCUCUUGGUGUUGGACAAGCUGGUACUCAGGACACAAUUGCUUCGUUGGCUUCUGGUUUAGUGGAGAAAAUUGAUGGACAAAAGGAUAAACCAAUCGAGUUGAGACCUUUACUUGUGCAUGUUGUUGGAAACGUUAUUCAUAAGCAUCUAUUCGGAUUCACUCGUGAAUGGAAUGAAACUGAAAUUCUCGACUUCCACGUGGCAAUCAAUGAUGUUCUCGAGCACUUCACAUCUCCAAAAACUCAACUUUUGGACGCAUGGCCAUGGUUGGCAUAUCUUGAUAAACCAUUGAGCCUUGGUAUUCCAAGAACAACACGAGCUAAUGAUGCAAUUAUUCAAAAUCUUGAACAAGCCCUUGCCAAGCAUAAAACUGGAAUAAAUUACGAUGAAGAACCCUCGAGUUACAUGGAUGCAUUCCUUAAAGAAAUGAAAAUUCGUGCAGCUGAAAAUGCAUUGGAAGAUGGAUUCACUGAGAAGCAAUUAAUUGUGGCUAUUUAUGAUUUAUAUUCGGCUGGAAUGGAGACUAUCAUUAUUGUUCUUCGAUUCGCAUUCUUGUACCUUGUUAAUAAUCCAGAAACACAAAAAAGAAUUCAUGAGGAAUUGGAUAGAAAUGUUGGAAGAGAAAGGCAAGUAGUAAUGGAUGAUCAGAAGCAUCUUCCAUACACCUGUGCCUUUCUUCAAGAAGUAUAUCGCCUCGGAUACGUACUUCCAGUGAAUUUCCUCCGAUGCACACUUACCGAUGUUGAGGAUUGUGAAGGGUAUCGUUUGAAUGCGGGAACACGUGUCAUUGCACAAUUUCAAUCGGUUCAUGUUGACAAGAAACACUUCCCGGAUCCAGAACAUUUCAAUCCAGAUCGAUUCUUGAAUAGUCGUGGUGAAUACAUCCGUGAUGAUCGUGUCAACCCAUUCUCAAUGGGAAAACGUUCAUGUCUUGGCGAGAAUCUUGCUCGUAUGGAAGUAUUCCUUUAUUUCUGUACUUUAAUGCAAAACUUCGAAUGGCAUACAGAUGGCCCAUAUGCUCCACCAAUUGAUGUCAUCACUUCAUCCCUUCGUGCUCCAAAACCCUUUACAGUCCGAGCAUCACGACGAUGAUCUUUGAUCUACUCUCUCCCCCUCUCUCCUUAAACCUGACGUGCUCAUAAUAUUUAAUAUAUUAAGGUGAUAAUGAUGAUGAUGAUAAGAAAAAACUUUAAGAAACUUCGAUGGGUAUCUCACAGUUAAGCUUUUUAUGAACAUAUACCUACAAUGUGAAUAUAAAUUUAAAAUCACAGAAUUUCUCCCCCGGUUAAUCCUUGUAAUAAUACAAACACUACUAUUAAUAAUAAUAAUAAUUCUAAUGAAUAAAUAAUUAUUUGUCAA